UCUCCGUAAGCGCACGCGAGCUGUUACGCAAGUCGUGUCGUGGCCGGCGAGGUGACUAUCAACCGUUGUACCGUGCUCUACCGUAACCCUAGUUACGAAAUUCGACAAUCCUGAGACCUUCAAUGUCGACUGAAAGCUUAAUUGUGCUGAGUUAAACUUUAUUCCACGCACAACGAAUAUGUGUUUUUAUAUGUUUUGGUGAUAUUUGAAUUGAAUUACUUACCAUCGAUUUUAAAGUCAAAAUGGACUACAGGACGUUUCUUGGAGUAUCGGUAGGGAUAUUAUUAUCCCUACUCGCUAUCACAGGCGGUAUAGAAGAAGGCGCGCGAGUGAAGCGGCCCCGCGCAGACAGCUCGGCGGUGGCCCGCGAGCCGGCGCAGGCCCUGGAUGCUCCGGAGCCCGAGACGGACGCUGCGCCCGCUCCGCCCGCCUUCCUCAGCCCCUCCGUCAAGGAAUACCUCGAGCUUGGCAUGGCUAUUCCUGGCAAGCCAGGCACGGACUACCCGGUGCUGGGCGCGGUGCCGUACACCAAUUUCUACUGCGAUGAGCAGCCUUAUCCCGGAUUCUUUGCUGACAUGGAGACGAGAUGUCAAGCAUGGCAUUACUGUGACAUCGAUGGGCGGCAGGCGUCGUUCCUCUGCCCCAACGGAACAGUGUUCUCCCAAGGAGUAGCGUCCUGUGACUGGUGGUUCAAUGUGCGCUGCGCCCUCUCACCAGCCCUCUACCCUCUCAAUGCACGGCUGUACCGCCGGCGAAGGAAACCCUCCAAGCCGAAACCUCACCGCCUAAUAGACAAACAGCUCAUUGAUGAGAUAUUCUUGUAAGAAUUUCUCUUAGGUUUCGUACUUUUACAGUUUUACUAAAAAGGAGUGUGUCAAUUUGAAUAAAUAACUGUAAACAAUGACGACGCGUCUCGUCAUGAUCUUUUACAUUUAUUUAUUUAUUGAAGAAUACAUAAAUAAUUUGAUCAUGACUUUAUAUCCAGAAACGAGUAUUCGAAGCCCAAAACACCGGAGCUGUUUUCUAGAUGACCGCGCGUAUUCUAUAUAUAAAUAUAUAUUCAUAGUAUAAAUCUUCUAAGUAUUAAAAACACUGUGUGCGAAAAUAGCGCCAUCUAGGCAUGGUUCAGAGAACUGUAGAUAUCAAUCAAUCAAUAGGUAGGUACUUAUAACUAUAAGUUAUAUCUUUCGCAGUUUCUGUUGGUUUAUGACUUGGAAUCUGUGGAUUGUGUCCCAUUUGUAAAUUAAGUAUUACCUAUAAAAAUGAUUUAUUUUAUUUUUGUUCACUUGUUGUAGAUACAUUACUUGAGGUGUUAUUUGUUUAAUUAUAAAUAUACGUCAAAUUGUGUAAAAAUCUUGUAAAUAUUUUCUAGUUUUUAAGUUAUAUAACAUUAUGAAAAUGUACAAGAAUAGAAUAAGAGAUUACGAAUCGAUUAAAAGUGUAAAGCUGUAAGUUUAAA